AUGGAGAAGGACGCGGCCGCACACCGGAGGCGCCGGCUGGGCCCCGGGGCCCCUCCAUCAGGGGUUGCCUCCGGACACCCCAAGGCAGGCAGCGAGGUGGCCGAGCUCCAGAGGAGCAGGAGUGUGGGCGGCCUGCAUCAGAAGGGGGACCCUCCGAGCUGCCUCAAGAAGCUGUCCAAGGAGCCGGAGCCCGAGGACCAGGGAAAGGACCUACAAGGUGACACUGAAGAAGCCAGCUGUCAGGCAGACUCUGAGGAAGACAAGCAGGAGAAGAAUCAGGACGCCCUCAGAAAGUUGGACCCAGAUGGUGGAAGGACAGAACCAGAGGAACAAGGACCAGAGUCCAUCAAGCUGGAUGACCCUCCAGGAAAAGAGAAACCAUCUGUGUUUGUGGAGAUUGAUCUGGGAGACCAUGCCGAGGAGGUGGUCGCAGGUGCCAUGAGAGAAGAGAAGCCGUCCCAGAUGGACAUGGGGGGUUUGUCAGAAGACGAGACCAAGACCAGCUGGGUGUGCUGCAUCCCUUAUUCCACCAGAAGGAAGGUGAAGGAGAGUGUGUAG